AUGGCACAUAAAAUAAUGGGCAUUAAGAGGGGUGGGAGAAAUGAAAUUGUAGCAAUCAAAAUUCUGAAGAAUCAUCCUUCUUAUGCACAUCAAGGUCAAAUAGAAGUGAGCAUAUUAGCAAGACUUAGUACUGAAAAUGCUGAUGAAUAUAACUUUGUACGAGCUUAUGAAUGCUUCCAGCACCGGAACCAUACUUGUUUAGUCUUUGAGAUGCUAGAACAAAACUUGUAUGACUUUUUGAAACAAAAUAAAUUCAGUCCCCUGCCACUAAAAGUAAUUCGACCCAUUCUUCAGCAAGUGGCCACUGCACUGAAAAAGCUAAAAAGUCUUGGUUUAAUACAUGCUGACCUCAAGCCAGAGAAUAUUAUAUUGGUGGAUCCUGUUUGGCAGCCAUACAGAGUUAAAGUAAUAGACUUCGGGUCAGCCAGUCAUGUAUCAAAAACUGUGUGUUCAACAUAUCUACAGUCUCGGUACUACAGAGAUCCGGAGAUUACAUUGGGGUUGCCAUUUUGUGAAGCCAUAGACAUGUGGUCAUUGGGAUGCGUGAUUGCAGAAUUAUUCCUGGGAUGGCCACUCUACCCAGGAGCGUUGGAGUAUGAUCGGAUUCGAUACAUUUCUCAGACUCAAGGUUUACCAGGAGAACAGUUGAAUGUGGGGACAAAAUUUACAAGAUUUUAUUGCAAAGAAACGGAUAUUUCUCAUUCCGGUUGGAGAUUAAAGACACUUGAAGAGCAUGAGGCAGAGACUGGAAUGAAGUCUAAAGAAGCCAAAAAGUACAUAUUCAACAGUCUGGAUGAUACAGUGCAUGUGAACACAAUGAUGGAUUUGGAAAGAAGUGAUCUUUUGGCUGAGAAAGCUGAUAGGAGAGAAUUUGUUAGUCUGUUAAAGAAAAUGUUGCUGAUUGAUGCAGAUUUAAGAAUUACUCCAGCAGAGACUUUGAGCCAUCCUUUCGUUAAUAUGAAACAUCUUCUAGAUUUUCCACAUAGCAACCAUGUACAGUCCUGUUUCCAUAUUAUGGAUGUUUGUAAGUCCCAUCCAAAUUCAUGUGACAGAAAUAAUCAUAACAAAACUUCACUUUUAAGACCUGUUGCUUCCAGCAAUACUGCUAAUCUGACUGCAAAUUUUGCUAAAAUUGGCACAUUAAGAAGUCAGGCAUUGAGUACAUCCGCUCACUCAGUAGUGCACCACGGAAUUCCCUUCCAGGCUGGAACUGCUCAUUUUGGCUGUGGUGAUGCAUUUCAGCAGACACUGAUUAUCUAUCCCCCAGCUAUUCAAGGUAUUCCUGCAACACAUGGUAAACCCACUAGCUAUUCAAUAAGGGUAGAUAAUACUGUUCCACUUGUAACUCAGGCACCAGCUGUGCAACCGCUACAAAUUCGGCCUGGAGUUCUUUCUCAAACUUGGUCUGGUAGAACUCAGCAGAUGCUGGUACCUGCCUGGCAAUAGGUAACACCCAUGGCUCCUGCUGCGACCACGUUGACUGCUGAUGGCGUGGCUGGUUCACAGAGACUUGGCGACUGGGGGAAAAUGACUUCACAUGGCAAUUGUUACAGCUCAGUGGUGCCACAACCUCUUCUAACCAAUCAGAUAACUUUAUCAGUCCCUCAGUCAAUUAGUGUGGGCAUUGCACAUGUUGUCUGGCCUCAGCCUGCUACUACCAAGAAAAAUAAACUGUGCCAGAACAGGAGUAAUUCAUUGCAGAAUACCAAUAUCCCACAUUCAGCAUUUAUUUCUCCAAAGAUAGUAAAUGGGAAAGAUGUAGAGGAAGUAACUUGUGUAGAAACACAGGACAAUCAUGACUCAGAAGGCGAGACAAGAAAUGGUUGUGAAACAUCCAUCAGGCAGGACUCAGACUCAGCAGUUUCAGACAGGCAGCGACGAACCAUCAUCAUUGCUGACUCCCCAAGUCCUGCCGUGAGUGUGAUCACUAUUAGCAGUGACCCGGAUGAAGAAGAAUCACAGAGACAUUCGCUCAGAGAAUGUAAAGGUAGUCUAGAUUGUGAAGCUUGCCAGACAACUUUGAAUAUUGAUCGAAUGUGUUCCUUGAGCAGUCCUGAUAGUACUUUGAGUACCAGCUCCUCAGGGCAGUCCAGCCCAUCUCCUUGCAAGAGACCGAACAGUAUGUCAGAUGAAGAGCAAGAGAGUGGUUGUGAUACUGCGGAUGGCUCUCCAACAUCAGACUCUUCAGGCCAUGACAGUCCGUUUGCAGAGAGUAGUUUUGUGGGGGACACUCAUCAAAACACUGAACUGGUAACCUCUGCUGACUCAAAAUCCAAACCAGCUGUUUGUACUGUAGUGGUGCCACCAAUAGGACUAGAAAAUGGAUUGAAUGCUGAUGAACAUAUGGCAAACACAGAGUCUAUAUGCCAGCCAUCAAUAAGGGAACGAACAGCUGCUGGCAGAUUAAACCAGCCUUCUACUCUGGGUAAUCGUCAGCAAAAAUUGCCAUCAGCAUUCCAGCAGCAGCAUUUGAAUUUCAGUCUGGUCCAGCACUUUACACCUGGGCAUCAGGAGUGGAAUGGAAAUUUUGGACAUCGAAGACAGCAGGCUUAUAUCCCUACUAGUGUUACCAGUAAUCCAUUUACUCUUUCUCACGGAAGUCCCAAUCACUCAGCCGUUUGUGCCCAUCUGGCUGGAAAUACGCACCUUGGAGGACAACCUACUCUACUUCCAUACCCAUCAUCAGCUACCCUCAGUAGUGCUGCACCAGUAGCCCACCUCUUAGCCUCUCCGUGUACCUCAAGACCUGUGUUACAGCAUCCAACCUAUAAUAUCUCCCAUCCCAGUGGCCUAGUCCACCAAGUCCCAACGAGCAUAAAUCCCUGUCUGUUACCAUCCCCAACCAUUCAUCAGACUCAGUACAAACCUAUCUUCCCACCACAUUCUUACAUUGCAGCAUCACCUGCAUUUACUGGAUUUCCAUUGAGUCCAACAAAACUCAGCCAGAAUCUAUAUAUAAGAAAACUCGAGUAUAUUGAGGAAGCUCAAUGA